CUAAUUAUCAUGCACACCAAUGCAAUACACUACUGCAAUGUGCAGUAUUGUAGAUGCCCUGGGGCAGAGGAUUCACACAUGCAGCUGAUGCAGGCUGGGAUGUUUCCUGCUACCACAAAGGCCACAAGGACUGCAUUUACCUUCCAAGUACUUGAUGACUUCAUUCAGGACAAUGUGGAAUGUGGUACCUCAGUGAUGAAUUUCUACAGCAAACUUCACUGCAUAACCUCCAAUGCCUUUCCUCAUUUGGUGCCAGAUAGGUACAGGGAACUGCUGAGAGUUACUAGGAUGUGGCAGCUCCUGAAACUACUGAAAUGGCAGGGAUCCCACAUGAGUGCAGAAGAUGCCAGCCCAGGGGAAUUAGUGUUAUUCUGUCCAGCAUGUCCCCAACCUGGCAUCAACAUUCCUGAAGAUGCAACAGAUUAUUCCCAGUGA